AUGGCAACACGAGCUGAAGCACGUAGAAGGAAAAUCUUGGAGAAUUCUGAAGAUCGUCUGAAGCGUUUGACUGGUCGUCUUGAAAAUGACAGUGUCAGAGAUGAGGUAGUGGAUGAGAUAAGAGAUCAGGCAGAAGUGGAGAGGAGAGCAGAGGCACGGCGCCGGAAAAUCUUGGAAAACUCAGAGGACCGUUUAAAACGCUUUGCUCGUGGACUUAGGAAUGAAAGUGAUGCUGAAGUGGCUUUGGACAGGGAAGAAAAAAACGACAGAGACCCAGAAAAGUCUCAAUACUUAGAGAAGACAGACAUCAACAAGGACUUGUCAGGAGGGAAACGGGACAAUGAAGACAUUGUUAAACACAAUGAGCAGGAAAAGGUGCAGGGAGAUGGAGAUGUUUUCAGUGAUUCUAAUCCGAUUAGAAACAUCAGAGAGGAGAGAAGUGGAAGACAAGGUUCUGGUCCAGUAAACUAUGCCAGGUCAUCUAGUACAGACUGUAAUACAGGUGUCCGAAGUCGGCGUAUUCCUACAUCCGUCAAGCAAAGCUCAGACCUGGAUGAGUCCAGUCAACAUUCUGCUGAAGAAUCCACUAACUCCGCUGACAUCAUCCGGCAGAUUGAAGUCACCAGGCUAGUCAGCUGUGUGCUGGGUGCAGUGCUCUCAAGGUGGCUUCUUCCAACCUUUCUUGGGUAUUUGGUGUUACAGUCUGCCACUGUCCUGUUUCUGGCAAUUGAGGCCGCUCUCUUCACACAACAGAGGCAUCUUUUACAGACUGUUGUGUUGCCUCACAAGAACAACCUGAUGGCAGGUGCCCUAUUGUUGUGUGGAAUCAAACCAGAGCUGAUCACCACAUAUAACAGGGUGAUGGGCAUUGCUACAACCGUGUUUGAGGACCUGAUGGUCUACUUCUUCACUUUCAUCACCUGCCAUUUGCUGGCGUCAUAG